AUGCCAAUAUGGACAGAUGAUCAAUGCUCAAUCAUUGAUAAAACAAAUUCUUCUGCUGUUUAUGAAACAAAAAUUCUUGACAAAUGGAUGUUUUAUUGGAUUUUUGAUAGUUUAAAAAAAGAAAAACCAGCAUUCUCGAAUGGAUCAGUGGAAGUUCUGAUCGGUGUUACUUAUCGGCGCGGUGAUGGUUUUCGUUGGAGAGAUGGUACUGCACCGAAUGAUUUAAGUUUCUUGAAAUUUAAUCCAAUCGAUAAUUUGGAUGAUGAAGAUAAUUUGGUGGAAAAUUAUUGCCUUCGUUUUUCAAUCAUAGUUGAUAAAAAUGCGAAAGAUGGUUAUGGAACAAAAUGGUAUGAAUGUGAUCGGAAAGAUUCGAUGGAUUAUAAAAAAAAAUUAUUUUAUCAAAUAUGCUCAUACAGUAAAGUAUAA